AGAGAGAGAGAGAGAGAGAGAGAGAGAGAGAGAGAGAAGCGAUCAUAUGUACGUAACUUUUGUGUGUACAUAAGUGUGUGUGUGUGUGUGUGUGUGUGUGUGUGUGUGUCUACAAUGUCUGCCAUCAAAGUCGCAGUGAGAGUGAGGCCCUUAAGUGAAAAGGAGGCGGAGAGGGGAGGCAAACAUGUCCUUAACGUGUACGACAACGCUCUGUCCAUCACUGACAUCAAGGUUCCAAUCGUGUUACAAGGUCAAGUGGACCAUAGAGAGAGGGUCCAUCACUUCAACUUUGACCUGACCUACUCCCCUGUGACCCCCCCCCCCGAGGUCAGGUCACGCCCCCCCAGCCCCUCCGGACCUUUAAAUUGUGAAGACAGUGGAUUUAAGGUCAAUUUCAAGCCACAAGGAGGAAUUAGAGAGAGUGAGAGAGAGAGAAAGAGAGAUUUUAAAUUUAAAGCGAGUGAGAAAGACAGUGAUUUUAAAGAAAGUGAGAGAGGAAGUGAGAUAGUGAGAGAAUAUGAAGAGGAGGAGGAGGAGGAGGAGGAGGAGGAGGAAGAAGAGGAGGAGGAGGAUAGCGCAGUGAAGCAACAAGAAAAAGUGUACUGUGACCUCGGGCGGGACAUAGAGGACGCGGUAGUAUUAGGGUACAACGCGUGCAUUCUUGCGUACGGCCAGAGUGGAUCAGGAAAAACUUACACCAUUCUAGGAACUCAGGACGCCCCAGGUCUGGCCCCAAGGAUCUCAGCGGGACUCCUGACGCGGCUGCAGGAUCGCUACGGCCCUGAUGAACUCUGUGCAAAGGACUUCUCCCUCACCCUCAGUCUAGUUGAGAUCUACAAUGAGAGAGUGAGGGACCUUCUGGCGCCCCCAAACCCCGACCCCCACCACCAGCCACGCCCCCUCAGAGUGCGUGAACACCCCCGCACUGGACCGUAUGUGGAUGGGGUGACACGCCACGCCGUCAGCUCACCAGAGGGGGCGUGGUCACUGUUGGCGCGGGGGCAGGCGUGUCGUAGCGCGGCGCCCACACCCUCCCACGCCCACUCCAGCCGCUCCCACGCCCUGCUCACCCUGGAGGUAGUGCAGCCACACGCCCACACACGCUCCGCCCUCACCCUGGUGGACCUAGCCGGCAGUGAGCGAGGGGGGGUAGGGGAGGGGGACAAGACGCGCCUGACGGAGGGAGCUUACAUCAACCGCUCCCUCGUAACCCUGGGGAACGUGAUCAGCGCCCUUGCUGAUCGUGGCCUAACUGAAGGAUCAACGCGCGCAGGCUCUCUCACAUCCUUACGAAGUACAAGUGUCCCUAGUCUUGCCACAUCCUACACCUUCAGGAGUGAGGGCGCGCAGGAGGGCCGGAGGAAAGGAAGAGGAAGGAGCAGUGAAGGAGGAGGAAGAAGAGGAGGAGGAGGAGGAGGGUCAAAUCUUCCUUUUAUUCCUUACAGGGAUUCUGUGUUGACUUGGUUAUUGAAGGAUACUCUGGGAGGAAACGCCAAAACUGUUAUGAUUGCUACUGUGUCUCCGUCCAGUAGCAGCUUCUCUGAGACCAUGGCCACGCUGAGGUAUGCUGCAAGGGCGCGCUGCAUCAUUAAUUCUCCGAUUGUUAACCUUGAUCCGCACGCUGCCACCAUUUGUAGCCUGAAGAAGGAACUAGCCGCCCUCAGGAGACUGUUGUGUGUGGAGUCCCCCACCACACCACCCCUCACCCACGACCUCUUGGACACCACCACCACCACCACUACCUUUGACCCAAGUCUCCGAACUCUGGCUUGGCUUAAGGGCGUAGAAAGAGGAACCAGGGGCGUGCAGACAGUCACCACCACCACCACCUCUACUGACGCUACGACCAGCCCACGCCCACGCCAGCCCACGCACGACAGGGGGACGUGGGUGCGGGGCGUGGGCGCGGGGAGGGUGGGCGUGGUUGUGGAAUCAGAUCUUCCAUACCUGCUGAAUUCUGUAGAAGAUCUGUUUGGUGAAAGUGUUGUGAUCUAUAACGUUCAGACGGGCGCCUCAGUCAUGGGCAGCGGUGAGGGCGUGGAGCUACCCCUGCAAGGAGAAGGAGUUGCCGCCGCCCACUGCACCCUCAUCCACGCCCACGGCACUGUCACGCUGCGGGUACGGGCGGGGUGUGAGGUGACGGUGGGCGGGGAGGUUGUUGGGGCGGGGUGUGGGCGGCGCCUUCAGGAUGGUGACUCCUUGGUGAUCGGUUGCCGUGUGUUUACCUUCCACACGCCCACCAGGUCACGCCCACAGCCCACAGCACGCCCACGCCGGGAGACGUGGACGCAGAGUGAGGGAGCAGGAGAGUGUCCGCGCCCACACUGCACCCACCACGCCCACGACUCCGCACCCACGCAUUCCUCCACCCACGCCCACACGUCUUGGUCCCCCGAGGCCGUGGAGGGCCGCCACCACGCCGCCGCCGCCGCCGCCAUGGGCCAGGGCGUGACGCACCUGGCGGAGGAGGAGCACACCUACGCCGGGCGGUGCCACACCACGCUGCCUGGGGUCGCUUCCUCCAGUGACUCACACUCAGAGUACGAGGAAGCCGUGCAGGGGCAGCGGCUCGCCCACGGCUUACACCCCACGCCAGACACGCGCCAUCUCACCCACUACUUCGGGUCCGCGGCGCCCCUGGAUACCUGCGCUUCCCUGGACUCUCGCCUGGCGCAGCUCUCUGCCUCGGCUCCCUCCAGGGACUUUUUCCUGGAUCUGGGGGGCGGCAGGGCGGCGCCGCCUGAGUCUGGCUCGCCGCUCACCUCGCCCUCCGAGACGCGGCGCCGCUGGGAUAAGAGUGUGUGGCCUGAGGUGGAGCGCGGCCUACGUAGGAACCACAGCCUGCCGGACGUCACUCUGGGGGCACGCCGCGGCACGCCGCGGGGCUCACACGCCUCCCUGGGGGCCGCCUCCCCAUCUUCCUCCUCGUCGUCUUCGUCGGCGGCGUCCAGCGGCGGCGCGUCCACCGCCUCAGAGGAACGCGAGCGCCGCCAGCAGAUCAUAGAGGCGGUGACGCGGCGCCUUUACCCCGGAGCCGCCGCCACUGCCACCACCACCGCCUCCACCACAUCCCGCCGUGGACCACGCAAGCCAGCGGACCGUGUACCGGGUCCGGGAGAGCGUGUGUGUGGGUGCCGCAGGAGGGAGGUAGACACUCCCCCCACACGACUCCCCGGCAGGCAGACUGCCUCCGAACCUAGCACGCCUCGGGGAGCCAGGCGCCUGCCACCACUACCCCAGGCAGCUCGGGGUGACACGGGGCAGGGUGGGCGCCUGUGCCGCCUUACCACCACCACCACCACCACCACGCGCCGCGAGUCCCGCACCUCCACCACCACCACCACCUCGCUCACCGCCACCACCAGGACGCUGGCCGCUGCCACCACCACCACCACCACCACCACCACAAAGAUUCCCAGGCCGUCAGGGGGGGGCGGCGGGCCAGGCACACAGGAUCGGGGUGUGGGCUGUGACCUGGUGGGGGCGGGGCCGUUCGGGGUAGGGCCCAGGGACCGGCAAGACCAGAACGCCAACACUGAGCGGCGCGGCUCAGGCCCCAGCGACCACACCAGCGGGCCCACCUCUCCCAACACCCACACCCCCAGCCCGCCCCAGCCAGAGGAGAGCCCCUCGACGCCCAGCGAGGCGGAGUACUUCUCUGAGGACAGCCUGGAGCUGGCCGAGGCGGAGGAGGCGCCCCUCAGCAGCGGGCCGGGCAGGGUGUGUGCAUCGAGGCGUGACGAGGACGAGGUGUCCCUGGGGGAGAUCAGCAAGGACUCCCUCGAGGACAGCAUGACCAGCACAGACCUGCAGGAGGCGCUGGCAGCAGGGCCACCAGCCACCCUGGGGAGAGUGCCCGCCCCAGGGGAGACGCAGGACGCCUUCAUCCGUUCCUUCUUCAUGUCUGUGGGUAGCCUGGACCACGUGGAGCCCCUGGAAGAGGAGGAGGAAGACGUGGACGAAGAAGAGAUGUCCUUGAGUGAAGGGGAGAAGAGUGACGGCCACACACGAGCCACGCAGCAGAGCCAACAGACGUCCCGCGCGUCACCACAUCGCCGCUCACCGCUAGGCAGUCCCCAGCCCCCUAGAUCAUACACCCCUGUGGCCUCCCCCAGGGUACAGCGGAGGUGGCUGCGGGAGCGAGCGGAGCGGCGGCUGCUGGAAGGUGUCAGCUCCGAGGACAGUGACGGGGACUCCAGCAGGCAGGACAAGCACAAGAAGAGGCGCUACCGCAGGGCGUCCCUCCCCCUGCCGUGCCCUCAACAACGUGUGGAGGACCUGCCCCACUCACACUCACACUCCUAUAUCCCCCAGAGGCUCCCCAUCAGUGCUACAGAAGUCCUGAGCAGGGAGGCAGGGGCGUGGCAGGCCGGGAGUGAGGCUAAGGACUCAGGCAGCGAUGAGAAGGACUCCAGCCAUCCUUCUGAGGAGCCCAGGCACUCCCCUCCACGCAUCUCCAUCAAAAGGCGCCACUUGACCCAACCAGACCACUCCCACACUGCCCAGCCCCCCCACCCCUCACCCUUACAGCAGGACACACCCUCCCCGCCCCUGCAGGACACCACCUUAGUCCCCUUCCCAGACCCACACGCUAUCCUGAAGGACUCCGCAAUGCGCCUCCUGCAGGCUGUAAGUCAGGCAGGUCCUUACUCCGAAGCCUCGCAGGAUGCUAUGGUGGAGCUCCUGAGGGCGUCAUCGCAGCGUAUCCUAUCCUUGGGGGACACUGCUGUGGACACCGGCAGAACCCAGGACACUCAGGACACACGUGAGGAAGCACACACACUGAAGAAGCCACCGGCACAGGACACCCCGAGCACUCCUACACAUCCUACACCGCUAGCACCUGCAGAUCCUACACCCACGCAGGAUACCAGUACAAAAGUCAGCUUUACAAUGGAGAGUCCUUGGGGGAGCUACAGCGAUGAGGGGGACGAGGCGGUGGGCGAGGGAACAGAUAGCAACGCCACCUACUCCACUUCUGCAUGUACCCCAGUGGCUUCUCCUGACCUUGGCUCCGGAUACAGCUCGUGGGAGGACUUGGAAAUGGAGGAAGUGUGCCAGAAGGAGAUAGGAUCCUCACAAAUGCAGGUUAUCUCCUCAGAAUUCACACCGAGGACUGCACGGCGCCUUCUGUACACGAUCAUUGAGUGCAGCGAAGGAAGUAGAUCUGAGGGCAUGACAUCGGACGCCGUGCCUUCAGAUUGGGAAGAGACGCCGACGGAGGAGGAGGAGGAAGAGGAAGAGGAAGAGGAGGAAGAACCUGAGGAAUAUGAAAGCUAUGGUCGUUUAAGCUCCUCUGACGACACCGCAUUGGACACAGUACGACCCGCUACAGACGACCCCCACGACUCACUGUCUUGCGUUGCUGAUGACGAGCUGGGCGAGAGAGCAGAGAGAAGUGAGAGGGCCACCACCAGAAGCCUCCAUAAUCUCACAGGAUCCUUAGAGACACUCACUCAGGGCUUAGGACAUCUCAGUAGGAACCCUUAUGACUUAGACAAUAUCCUGACGAAAUCUAAAAGUUGUGAGAGUUUGGAAGCGGAAGUGAGAGCGAGUGGGUUGAGAGGGAGGGAUUUUGGUGAGAGGGCAAGGCUAGGGAGGGAGAGGAGGGAAAGGAGAUCUAGUGAAGGAGGUGAUGGAAUUGGGAGAGUAGAGGAGAGGAAGGGAGAGGGGAGAGGAAGUGUACCUGAUAUAGUGCCAAAAUUGGAUCUCUCACUUGUAACUCCUACUCUCUCCUCUUCCUCUUCCUCUUCCUCUUCCUCUUCCUCUCAUCUUCCUUACCAGACACCGAUUCCCUCUCCCUUUUCCCCUUCUCACACCUCUCCCUCUCACUUCCCACCCUCCCAUACCUCUCCCUCUCACUUUGCUGUCUCUCACUCUUCUCCCACUCACUCCCCUUCUGACUCCUCUCCCUCUCACAUCUCCCCCUCUCACUCUCUCCCCUCUUACUUCCGCCCAUUUUACCCACGCUCCUCUUACUCCUCUCUCCCACAGUCCCCUCCCAUGUACUUCUCUUCCACCCACUCCUCUCCCUCCUCUCACACGCCCACCCCUCCCUGGGACCUCCCCUCUCAUGACACCUUGAGCUCCACACUUGAUCCAGACUCGCUAGAAGUGGAAGAGUGUGAGAGUGGCAUGGGAGAGGGAGGGAGAGGUGCGGAGGUGAGGGAGAGUGCUGGGCGUGAGUUCGUGAGAGAAGAGGAGAGUGCCGUGAGAGGAGAGAGAGAGGGAGUGUUAGAACUGGAAGAUUUAAAGGAAUGGCCACCCCUACCUCUCCCAGCUCGCUCUCCCAGGCUCUCCCAACCACUCCAUCAGUACCCCCGCCCUCUCCCAGCCGCUUCAUCCUCUCAGGCAGCCCUCCUCCCCGCCCACGCCCCAUGGGGAAUGUCUGUUCAACCACACGGCCAUCCCCAACGCCCCACACGUCUAGCCCACCCCCCAGUACCUGAACUCAGCACCCAGGACGAAACCAGCACUGUCAGCACACUCAGCACUUCUCAAGUCAGCGAUCUUCAAGCACAAGUCAGCACAUGUCAGCAGGAAAUGGAAGGAAGUGUGGGUAUUGUAACGUCUGUUAUCACCACUCAGCACUCAGCAGGUCAGUCUGCAGUACUCACGGCGGUACAGUCAGCUGCUGAUUCGUGCCGUCACUCACCUGUUGACUGUAGUGCUGACGUUGGUGUAUCGGCCGUGUCAGCAAAGUUAGUUCAUACUAUGAGUCCACAGAGUGCUGACCAGUCCGAAAGUCAGCAGGAAGUAAUGGUCAGCGGUGUGGAAUCAUGGCAAGAAGCACCUCAGUCAGCCAUCAUCAGCACAGCAGAUGCUUCAAGGUCAGCUGUUAGCUCUCACCUCUUGCUGAGACAUGGAGAGGAGCAGGAUAGUGCUUCCCCACCAGUGCUGACACAGUCUGCUGACUAUCCUCAAGUGCUGUCUCAUCAUGUGCUACAAUUAGAAAGUGAGGAGCCCAUGCUGACUCAUUCUGCUGAUGUGUUGAGUGGUCAGCAAACAAUACCCAUUCAGAAGAAACAGGAAGUCAGCAGUCAACAAGAAUCAUUGCUGUCACAUUCACCAGCUGAAGUCAGCAUCCCACAACCAGUGUUGACUCAUUUUGCAAGUGAAUCUGCAACUUCACAACCAGUACUGACGCAAUUUGAAACACAGGUCAGCACUUCCCAGGCCGUGCUGACCCCACCAGUACACCGGGUCAAGGAUCAAGUAGAAGCGACUGUAGAUGUCAGCCAAACUCAGCAAAAACACGCUUUGCAGCAUAUCAGCAGUCAGCAGCAAGUACUGGCACAUUCUACAAGUGAAGUCAGCACUCCACCAACAUUUGUGACUCAAUUUGGAACUGAUAAUCUUGCUCCAGUGCUGAUGCUGUUUGAUGCUGAAGUCAGCCCUUAUCCAGAAAUGCUGACAUCAUCAUACCAGACACGUGGACCUCAGUCUAUGCUGAUGAGGAGAGUGGUUGAUGUCAGCAGUCCUCAGGUUGUAAUGGAAGUCAGCAGUCAGCAGUCUCAGCAUUCAGAACACAGAACAGAGGAGGUCAGCUGCAAGGAGCAAGCAAUGAUGACAGGUGAACAAACAGUCAGCUCUCCGAAGUUGGUGACACAUGGCACCAGCGAAGUCACAUUACCAAAACACUCGACACAGUUUGCGAGCGAGAGUCCCAUCUCAACCACUGUUCUGACGCAGCCUGACGAUACAGAUAGCACUUCCCACACAGUGCUGACACCGUUCUCACGUCUGACUGUCUCUGUAAGUCAAGCUGAAGUGCCCGUCAGCAGCCAUGACCCUGCACAAACACAACUAAGGAAAGUCAGGAGUCAGCACUUAAGUCAGCCUGAAGUUAUAAGUGAAGUGUGCACCACUCAACCAGACGAAGAACUUGAGUAUCCAGGUGAAGUCAGCAGUCCAGAGGCUAUUCCUGUGAAGAUCAGCACUAGAAAAGAACUGAGAGAAGUCUGCAGUCUUGAAGCAGAAUCAGCGAAAGUCAGCAGUCAGCAGCCAUUAUUACUUGAAACCUGCAGUCAACAGUCAGUUCAAGAUGUCAGCAGUCAGCAAGCAUCUAUGGAAAUCAGCAGUCAGAGGGCAACACUCUCCAGAAUAGAAAGUGCUGAUCAGUCAAUCCUAGAAGAGGUCAGCAGUGAGCAACCAGCACUCAUACAAGUCAGCAGUCAGCAGGCAUCAUUGAGAGACCUUAGGAGUCAGCAGCCAAAAACAGGAAAAGUCAGCAGUGAGCAGUUAGUUUUAGGAGAGAUCAGCAUCAAACAACCUGUACUCUCUGAAGUCAGCAGUGAUCAAUCAGCUGAGUUCAGUAGUGAGUUACCGACAUUAACAAAAGUCAGCAGUUAUCAGCAACUAACACCAGUGCUUUCAAGAUCCAGCAGUCAGCAAUCAGAACUUACUGAGAUCAGCGCUCAGCAAACAAUAUCAACAGCCGUGAAAAGUCAGCAGGAGACAUUAGCAGAAUUCAGCAGUCAGCAACCACCAGCAUCUACGGUCAGUCAGCAAUCUGUGACUCAUCAAGUAGAGUCAGCACAAGUCAGCAGUCAUGAGAUAACGCUUGAGGAAGUUGGUAGUUUGCAAGAAACUCUAAAAAAAUACAAGUCAGUAGUCAGCAAACAACAGUCAGUAGAGCAAGUCAGUAAACAGCAAACACAGCUGACACACUCCACAGGGAAGGUCAACACUCCUUCAUCUGUGCUGACUCAGUUUGCAAGUGAGAGCACAAUGCCAUUACAGGUGCUGAUAGAGAUGGAUCGAAGGGAAGGUGGUGUAGAAAAAUUGCUGACACCUGUUUUAAAUAUAGGUAGUCAGCCAUCAUUGGUUGCUCAAAAGCCAGUGCUGACUCAGGCAAGGCAAGUCUCAGAUCAGCAACAACGUGAGGUGACUUCAUCUGGUACAGAAAGCAGCACUCCUCAACAAGCGUCUGUGUUAACUACUGUAAAAGUCAGCACACCUCUGCAGCCGUGCACUUCCAUUGCUGCAGAAUUCACAGCACCUCAGCAACCAGAAUCUCUUACUGCUGCAGAAGUCAGUACACCUCAGCAACCACCACUUCUUAAUGUUGCAGAAGUCAGCAGUCCUUGUCAACCAUCAGUCUCAACCGUUACUGCUGCGGAAGUCACAACACCUGAGCAACCAGAAGCUCUCACUGCUGCAGAAGUCAGCACACCUCAGCAACCAGAAGCUCCUACUGCUGCAGAAGUCAGCACAACUCAGCAACCACCACUUCUUAUUGUUGCAGAAGUCAGCAGUCCUUGUCAACCAUCAGUCUCAACCGUUACUGCUGCAGAAGUCAGCACAACUCAGCAACCAGAACCUCCUACUGCUGCAGAAGUCAGCAUGCCUCAGUACCCACUAUCAAUGAAAGUAAGCACAUCUCAACAGCUAUCACCUUCAGCUACUACAAAAGUCAGCACAUUUCAGCAGGCCAUAGCUGUAACUGCCAGGGAAGUCAGCACACUCCAGGAACCACAGAUUCUAACACAAGCCAUUGCUGAAGUCAGUCCACACGUUCUGACACAAGCUUCAUCAGGAACUGUGUGCCAUAAACAAGCAGAACCAAAGCAGACAGUUGUGCAUGCCAGGUGUCAGGAACAACAAAUGCUGACACAUUCCACAGAUGAACUCAGCACUCAGCAGCCACACCCCAUACUGGCAAAGGAAACCAUCAUUCCGCACUUGUCAGAACCAGAGCAGUAUAAGCAAGACACCAAGAGUCUGACGCAAAAGGAAUUGAAGUCUGCUGUGAGUGAAGUCAGCAGUGAACAGCAACCAGAAUUAACUGAGACUGUACAAAAUGUCAGCACUCAGCAACAACUAGAGCUGACAGAAAUCAUACAAAAAGUUAUCAGUCAGCAACAGUCACAGCUAACACCAGUCUUACAAGAAGUCAGCAGUCAGCAAGAACCAGAACUGAAAGAAAUCGCGCAGGAAUCAGCAACAUCCAGUACUGACUCGGGCCACGCAGGAGUCAGAAGUCAGCAACAACCAAAACUGACACAAGCAAUACAUGAAGUCAGCAGUCAGCAACAACCAGACAUGCAGGAAGUCAGCAGCAGACAAGAGCCAGUGGUAGAGCAGGCAAUUUAUGAAGUCAGCAGUCAGCAAGCUAUUCAGGAAAUCAGCAGUCAUCCAGAGCUAGCACAGACCAUGGAGGGUAUCAGGAGUCAGCAGCAACCAGAACUAACAUCGACCAUGCAAAAAGUCAGCAGUCCACUUCAGCCAGAAAUGAGACAGGCUGUAGUUGAAGUCAGCAGUCAGCAACAAGGACAGCCAACACAAGCAAUACAGAAAGCUAAGAGUUAUCAACAACCUACAGAGGCACAGGCUGUAGAAGAAGUCAGCGUAUCUCCAUCAACACCAUUGAAACCGGUACUUGGAGUCAGCACUCAGCAAAAGGCAUCAGAGGAGGCAGAACGAACUCUGUCUCUUGAAUCAGAAGAAAGUCAGCAACUGUCAAUGAGUCAAAUGAUAGCUGGUCAGCACAUCUUGACUCAUUCCAUCAGUGAAGUCAGCACCCCGCAAACAAUGCUGACUCAGUUUGCAUGUGAAACAACCUCUCCAUCACGAGUGCUGAUGCAAGUGGACAAAGAAUUCAGCACUUCUCACAAAGUGCUGACUUCAUUACAACAAAAAUCCAGUUACCAAUCAGUGCUGACUCAGGCUACAGCAGAAAUCAGCCAUCUUGAAGCACAAGAGAGACAGCCAGUGGAGGGAAUCAGCACUCAGCAUCCAAUCCUUGUGAAUGUUCAAGAAGAAUUUAGUAGUGAGCACCCCACAAUGCCACAGCAGGCUGCAUCUCAGCACUCAGCACUAAGACAGCCUCAGGAGACUCAGCAUUCAGCACUUGAAGUCCAAAGAGGGCUUAAAAUAGAAAGCACAGACAAGCGUUCAUUGCUGACACACGUGGCAGAUGAAGUCAGCAUCCCACAACCAGCGCUGACUCAGUUUGCAAGUGAAAACAAAACUCCAUUACCAGUGCUGACACAGAUCAGUGCUGAAGGCAGUACAUCCCCCCAAGUCCAGUCCUCCCUGCCAGUUCUGACAGAGGCUGCAGCUGAAGUCAGCCACCUUGAGCCAGAAAUGAUGGGUGUUGCUAUGCAGCUCGGCAGUCAGCUUUGUGUUCAGACCAAGGUAUUAGAAGAAGUCAGGAGUCAGCAGAAAGCACCACCUCAGGUUUGGAGAGAAUCUCAACAUGAAAAAUUUUCAGAAGUCAGCACUGAAAAGCCAACACUUCCACCUGUCGCUGAAAGCAGCAGACAAGCCAGCUUGUCAGCACUGCAUACAGAGAAAGUCAGCACCAUCCCUGAAAACUUGGUGAAAGUCAGCUCUCUCCAUCCCUUGUCAUCAGGCAGUCUGAUAGAAGCUAGUCAGCAGGCCACACAAAGACAAGAUCAUGAGGUCAGCAAACAGCAACAGGCAGUGCUGACAGGGCCUGCACCAUCAAUCAACAGCCAGCAACAGUCAGUGUCGAUGGAAGUUGUAACAAGAGUCAGCAGUGAACAACAAUCAAUGCUGACAGAGGCUCAUCCAAGAAUCAGCAGUCAGCAGCAGCCAGUCCUGAUGGAAGCUGUAACAAGAGCCAGUAGUCAACAACAACCAGUGCUGACAGAGACUGCGCUGAGAGUCAGCACUCAGCAAGAACCAUCAGGAGCAAUGGUGACAGAUCUUCAACAGAGAGUAAUUAGCCAACAACAAGUUCUGAGACACUCCACAGGUGAGGUCAGCACACAGGAACCGUUGCUGACUCAAUUUGCAAGUGAAAGUGCUGUUCCACAUCCAGUGCUGACACAGCUUGAGGAUGAACUCAGCGCUCAAUGGGCACCGCUGACAUCUGCAUUACCUCAGACAACCAGUAGUCAACCAUUGCUGACAGAAACACCUCCAAGGGUCAGCUAUCCUCAGCCAGGCGAAAUGGAAGCAGUAACAGAAGUCAGCUGCCUCAGUCAACCACGCUCAGCAGUCGUCAGCGUUCAACAACUAUUGUCAGCACACUUAGCUACAGAAGUAAGUCACCUGCCACUGCUGACACAGACUGCAACACAAUUCAGCAGUCAGCAGCCAGUGGAAGUCAGGGUGCAGGAAGAAAUCAGCAGUCAGCAACAAGAGCAGGAAUCUCACGUGGAUGACUUCAGCAGUACAAAACCUUCUGUGCCUCAGGGAAGUCAGCAGGUUAGAGGCCAGGUGCCAAUGUUGCCACAAGUCACGGAGGAAGUCAGCACUCAGCAGCCAGGAUUGGCACAGGCACGGGCGUUGACAGAGGUCAGUAUUUCCCAGAAACUUCUAAGGGAUUCUGAAGUCAGGAGUAAUCAGCAAAUUCUUUCAGCACGCACUAGUGAAGUCAGCACUCCUCAAGAUGUACUAACACAAUUUGCCAGUGAAACCAGUGCUUCAUUACCAGUGCUGACUCUGCUUGAUAGAGAAGUCAGCAGCACUUCUCAAACAGUUCUGACAUCCUCAAUGGGAAGAAGUCAGCCUACACCACUGACGCAGGCUGUGGGAGAGAUGAGAACUCUUGAACCAGAACUGACAGAGACUGUAGAGCAAGUCAGCACUCAGCACCAUAUUCAGACACAGGUUGUGAAGGAAGUCAGCACUAUGGAUGGCACAAGACAGAAACCAGAUGAGCUAAUCAGCAGUCAGCACUAUCUUUCAACUGUACCGUGCCAGGAAGUCAGCACCACAGAGAUGCUGACACCAAUACACACUACUUUUCAGAAGGGACUUUCAACACACACCAUCAGCCAGGUUGAUAGUCACCAUCCAGUGCUGACUCAGUUUGCAAGUGUCAGCACCGCUUCACUGCCAGUGCUGACUAAGUGUGAUGAAGAAAGCCCCUCACCAGAUAUGCUGACACCAUCCCCACGGCUGACUACUGACCAGCCUGUGCUGACAGAGGAUGAGGGAACAGUCAAGCAUGAACUGGAGAAGGUACAGUCAAUACCUGAAGUCAGCACUCAGCAAACAGUAUCAGCCCAUUCAGCAGACAUCAGCAAGCCACAAACUUUGUCACAAUCCGUUCCGGUCACCAGUCAGCCACAAAUGUUGCCUCAGUCAGUAGAAGUCAGCAGUAAACUAUCACCGUUGGCAUGCUCAGAGAUUAGCAGUCAGCCAUUGCAGUUCGAAGAGUCAGUUGAAGUCAGCAGUCAGCCAUCAGUGUUGCCACAUUCAGCAAAAGACACAAAACCGUUAGUCUCAUCACAGGCUUUGGAGUCAGCAAGUAGUCAGCAUGAAACCCUAACAAUGGAAGAAGUCAGCAUUUUACAGCCAGUGCUGACACAAACAAAAGAGGUCAGAAGAGAGCCACAAGCGCUGAUAACAUCCAUGGGACAAGUCUGUAGUCAGCAACUCGCAUCAACUCAAUCUGAUAAUGUCUGCAUUCAGCAGUCGGCACUGAAAUACUCUCUAGCAGAAAGCAGAGGUGAUGUGCUGAUGCUGACAGAGGCUACAGAAGACGUCAGUUGUCCAGCAGCUAUUUCAAUUCAAGUGCUGGGAAAGCAGAGUCAGCAACCAGAGCUGACACCAGAAGACUCGCAGGAACAAGUCAGCACCUUUGGACAAGGGCUGACACAUUCUGAGGAUACCAGGACUUGUCAAACAUUACUGACACAUACUGAGAGCGAAGUCAGCAUUUCACAACCAGUGCUGACUCAGUUUGCUAGUCAGAACGCUGCUCCUUUACCAGUGCUGACUGAGCAUGACAGACAGGAGACUCAGCUGACAGCAACACCACAGCCCGUGCUGACACAGUCUUUAGCUGACGUUAGACAUUUAGAAGCUGACAUGAAACAAACUGUUACAAGAAUCAGCACUCAGCAAGCACUGCAAACGCCUGUACUUGAAAAAAUCAGCAGUCCGGAAGAAAAGUCAGCACAUCCAGUUCACGAACUCAGCAGUCAGCUUCCAAGUGUGGCAGAAACAGUGGGUCAGGUCAGCACUCUACAAUCGGUGCUGACACAAGCUCAGAAAGACAAUUAUGACCAAAAACAAGUGCUGAGGCAAGGAAUUGAAGUCAGCAUUCCCCAACCAAUGCUGACACAAUUUGCCACCGAAAGUCCAGCUUCCAUUACAGUGCUGACAGAGGCUGACAGUGAUGAAGAUGUCUCUGAAGAAAUGCUGACUCCACCCACACACCAACCACAAUGGGGAGAGGAUGUCCUGACAGAAUGUGCAACAGAAGUCAGCUAUUAUCAGCCAGAUCUCGUGCGAGUCAGCAGUCAGCAAACCAAGUCACUUGAUACUCUGUCAGAAGAAAUCAGCCGUCAGCAGGCAUUGCGGGAUGAGUCAGUAGAAGUCAGCCUGCAGCAGAAAGCAUUGUUACCUUGUCAGCAAGAAUUUGAACCACAGUCAGCAGAAGUCAGCAGUCAGCUAUUAGAAACUCAGCAGGGCAUAGAGAAAGUCAGCACUCCUCAUGCAGUGCUGACUCAAUUCGCCAGUGAGAGUGUUGUGUUAUCACCGGUGCUGACACGUGCUGUCACUGACUCUACAAUACCUAUUAAAGUGCUGACACCUCCCUCACAGCCGCUGACUGCCCAUCAGUCAGCUCUGGAUAUAGAGACAGAAACAACUGCUGAUCUUACAAGAGGGAUCCAAGUCAGCACUCAGCAUUCACUACAAGUACAGACUGCAGGAAGAGUCAGCACCUCUGAACAAGUGGAGGUCAGCAUGCCUCAAUCAGUAUUAACUCAGUUUGCAAGCGAGGCCUCUUCUCCAAGGAUGGUGCUGACAUGUGCUGACACUUCUCAGACAAUGCUGACGCCUUUACCGCCGCAGCAGACUGUCAGGCAUCAAACAGUAUUAACAGAAUGCACUGCAGAAAUCAAAAUCAGCAGUCAGCCACAAGAGGAAGCACUGUCAGCAACACUCAGCAGCCAUCGACGUGUAAAGGUUCAGUUUCCAAAAGUCAGCAGUCAGCAGAUAUUGGACUCAGGAUCUGCCAAAAGUGCGAGUCAGCAACCUGUGGAGUCUCAAGCAGAAGUCUGUUUUCAGCAAGAAGUGAAGCUUGAGUCAUCAGAUGUCAGCUGUCAGCAAAGAAUAAGUCAGCAGGAAGACCAACAGAUCAGCACUGAACACUCCAUGCCGUGUGGUGGGAACAUCAGUCAUUUAGAGGAAGUCAGCACAUUAAAACCGGUGCUGUCUCAUCCCGUGCUGCAGGUAGAAAGGGAACAGCCUAUGCUGACUCACUCUGCCACUGAGGUCAGCAUCCCACAACCACUGCUGACACAGUUUGCUAGUGAAAGCGCUGCUCCCUUACCGGUGCUGACACAGGCUGAUGAUGGAGGCACAAAAUCCCAAAGAGUGCUGACAUCCUUGCCUCCUCCAACCACCAGCUCCCAACAAGUGCUGAUCACAACUGAGGGAGGAGUGAGAUCUCGUCAGCCACAGGAAGCACAGGGUGUAAUGCAAGUCAGCACUCUGCAACAACCACAACUCAGUGCGGAAAGUAUCAGCACCUCCCAGGUAAAGCUGACACACAGAGAGACAGAAGUCAGCACCCAUGAACCACCACCACAAGCACUACAGGAAGUCAGCAGUGAACAGCAAUCAGUGCUGAUGGAACAGAAAGUCAGUGCACAGCAGACAUUGGUGACACAUUCACUGGAUAAGAUCAGCAGCACUCAGCACCCACUGCCAAGGCAAGUGAUAGACCAUAUCAGUAGUCAACAACAACAAGCAGUGCUGACACACUCAGCAGUUGAAGUCAGCAUUCCACAGCCAACAGUAACUGAGUUUGCAAGUGAAUUUCCCUCACCACUACCGGUGCUGACACAGUGUGAGGAGGACGACAUGCCCACUUCUCAGGCUGUGCUGACUCUUCCAUCACACCAGGCAGGGAGUCAGCCAGCAAUGCUGACAGAGGCUACAGCAGAUAUCAGCCAGGCUCAGUCACGAGCUGUGCAAGACAUAAGUCAGCAUGGAUUACUUCAAACACAGGCUAUACAAGGUGUCAGCAGUCAGCAGCAGCAGCAGCAGGUACUGAUUCAUACUACUAGUGAUGUCAGCAUUCCACAAAGAUUACCAGUUCAGUUUGCAAGUGACAACCACUCUCCAGUACCCGUGCUGACACAACCUGAUGCUGAAAUCAGUACAUUCCAGCCAGUGCUGACACUCUCACAGCAAAGAAGUGGUCAACAAGCAGUGCUCAUUCAGACUAUGGCUGAAGAAAGUCAGUUUACUGUAGCAGAGGAGCACGUCGCCAGUCUGCAAUUAGACCUGAAGAAGCUCAUACAAGUCAGCAGUCAGCAGUCAGCAGAAGAUCAGUUUACAGUGAGAUUCAGCACUCCACAGCAGCAAUCAGUAGAGGAAGUCAGCACGUUAUUGGAGAUGCUGCCAAAGAAUCUUGUUCAAGUUAGCAAUCAGGACCAGCCCACAGCCCAGCCACUGCAAGAAGUCAGCAGUCUGCCUUCAGCAAAUCUUCAACUUGUGGAGCAUCUCAGUGGUGACCAAGAGGAAUUGACAGGUGUUGAAAUUAAAGUCAGCACUCAGCAUCCAGUAUUGAGUCAACUUGAGCAAGAAACAGAAUUUCAGCCAGAGGUGCUGACUCCUAUCUCUCCUGAGCGUCGUGUCCCACAGAUGGUGCUGACACAUGCAGCACAUGAAGUCAGCACAUAUCCUGAAAUACUGACUCAAUUUGCAAGUGAAAGCACCGCCCCAUUACCAGUGCUGACACAGGCUGAUUCCAAAGACCUGAGAAUGCUGACACUACCUAUGCAGCACUCAGCUAGUCAUCCGUCAGCGCUGCCUCAGUAUACAGGAGAGAAACAGCAAGGAGCAAUACAAGCUAUGGAGCAAGUCAGCAGUCAGCAACCUUCUGUUGUCAGCACUCAUAAACCUGUCCUUACUCAAUCUAUGGAGGGAGUCCGCACUCAAUAUCUACAGACAACCCCAUCUGGUGAAAUCAGCACUCCAUUGUCUAGUAGUGGAGUCAGCACUUGCCAAGGAGUGCUGACGCCAUCCUUGUCACAAAUGCAGAGUCAGGAACUUGUACAGAUGGAGACUGCUGAAGAGUUAAUGCAUCCUGGUUCAGUGCUGACUAAAGUUAUGGUUAUGGGGACUGUCAGCAGCCAAGAAACACCCCAACCACAACAGAAAAAGAUCAGCAGUCAACAAUUACAGCAAUUACAUGCACUGCAGAGAGUCAGCAGUCAGCAUAUGUUACAGGCUGAAGUACAAGAAGUCAGCAGUCCAUCAUUGACUCAACCACAGAUACAGGAAAUCAGCAGUCAGCAAUUACAAGAGGUUGGUUGUCAGGAAGUGCUUCAACCAAAGGUGCAAGGAGUCAGCAUUCAGCCAAUAGUCCAUGAGGUCAGUAGUCAGCAACUCUUUCAGCCUCAAAUGCAAGAAGGCAGCAGUCAGCCAACAGUGUGUGGAGUCAGCAGUAAACAUCUGGAAGUAAUUCAUGGAGUCAGCAGUCAACUUGACUCAGAGUUGCUGGAAACCAUCAGUCAGCAAACAGUGCAAUCACGUGCCUUGACUGAAGUCAGAAGUCAGCAACUACAACCAAAAGAAACACUUUAUGAAGUCAGCACUCAGCAGGCAGCACAAGCAGAGUCAUUGCAGGAUGUCAGGCUUCAACAUUUGACAGAAGCACCAACCAUAGAUGUCAGCCACACAACACCAACUCCUGUGGAAGUCAGCAGCCAAUCAUUACAGCCACCUCAUGAUGUCAGCAAACAACAAGCACCUCUGUCACAAAAGACAAGUGAGAUCACAUCCCCAUCACCAGUGCUGAUGCGAGCUGACAGUGUGGACACCACCUCCCAGAGCGUGCUGACCUUUUCCCUUCCCCAAUUCAGCACCCAUGAAACAAUGCUGACAGAAGCUGUACUAGAACUGAGACAGCACCACCCAAAGGCAGUGCAGGCUGUGGAACAGGUCAGCAGUCAGCAGUCACCGCCAGUUCAUCCUACAGAGAAAGUCAGCACUCCUCAAGUUUCCCCGACUCACACAGAAGCUGAUAUCAGCAGCCAAGCAACACUACAAGCAGAGGACACAUCGAAAGUCAGCACCUAUCAACACACAAUGCAGGCAAAGCACCUACAGAAAAUCAGCAGUCAGCAGAAACCAGAAGCAAAGAAAAAAAAGCAGUCAGCAGUCAGCCUCCUCGGCCAGUAUCAGCAAGUCAGCACACCAGUCAGCAGUCAAGAGGGCGAGGAACGCAUGCAGGAAACCCAGGAAUCAGCGGCCCUCACACAGAUCCCUUCCCUGCCAUACAGUCACGCCCCAGCAGUGCCCCAGGCUGCCCCAUCACCCCUCCAGGCAUCAGGGGCGCAGGAACCACCACCCCACACCCCAGGAAAGCCUCAGGUCACUCCAGAGGUUUCCAGCAAAGUAGGGGUGCUGUAUGUCCCCCAGCAGAGCGUCCUGGAGGAGACACAUCCCCCACCAGGUACAUUAGCACCCCAGACAGUGCUAGGGGUGGCUACACUGCUCACCCCACAGAGCUCUACUGACGAAGGGAGCUCCCCCACCACGCAGGACUCCCUUACGCCUCCCAGCUCAGUGGACAGCAGUCUCGCCCUCACAUCCCUCACUCCACAGAGCUCCCUAGAUGAUGUCCUCACCACCAACACAGCUGUCCUCCCCAAAGCCACGCCGCCAAUAGCAGUGCAGGUCCGAGCAGUCACAGCCACCAUGGAGGCCACGCCCACGACAGCCACAACGCUCACGCCCACGCCCAGGUCCAUGCUCCUGAAAAAGUUCUCUGCAGUGAGUCUAGGUGAAGAAGAGGCCGAGAAAGUGGCAAGCUUAGAUCAACAUACUCUUGGUUCCAGGGUCGCGGCAGCCUGGAAGGGGCCCCGUGGUGUGUCUGGUAGCCGCCCACCACCCCUGGACUGUCAUCCCCAAGAGGCCCUCACCAGACAAGCCCCAGUAAUCUGCGUACACCAGGUGGAGGACGCCCCUGUGUGGGAGCCCCUGGAGGCCAAGGAGUUAUGUGUGCCUGAUGUCAAAGCCCACCACGACCACCGCACCUUUCCCACAGCCUACCACGACCACCACAUCCUUCCCUCAGCCCACCACGACCACCUCACAGUCCAUGACGACCACCACACCCUUCCCACAGCCCACCACGACCACCACACAGCCCAUGACGACCACCACACCUUUCCCACACCCACCACGACCACCGCACCCUUCCCACAGCCCAUGACGAUCACCACACAGCCCACCACGACCACCACACAGCCCAUCACGACGACCACACAGCCCAUCACGACCACCACACCUUUCCCACAGCCCACCACGACCACUACACAGCCCACCACGCCCAUCACUACCACCACCCUUUCCACAGCCCAUGACGUCCACCACACAGCCCACCACACCCUUCCCACAGCCCACCACGACCACCACCCUUCCCACACCCACCACGACCACUACACAGCCCACCACGACCAGCAUACAGCCCAUCACUACCACCACACCCUUUCCACAGCCCAUGACGUCCACCACACAGCCCACCACGACCACCACACCCUUCCCACACCCCAUGACGACCACCACACAGCCCACCACGACCACCACACCCUUCCCACACCCCAUGACGACCACCACACAGCCCACCACGACCACCACACAGCCCAUGACGACCACCACACCUUUCCCACACUUCUUUCACCCCUCCCCCCUGGCCACCUCCACCCCCACAGAACACACUACUGGGGUGUCCAAAGCCUUAACUCCCACAGGCACCAUCACACACCCCAGUAUCUCCCCCAUGGUAAGGGUUUCAGAAUCUGGGGUGCCUCCUGGGGUGUCUUCUGGGGUUCCGCUGGUAUGUCUAUGGGGACGCCUCCAGGGGUGUCCAGAAGGCCCCCCAGGUUAGGUAGGGAUGCAAAGCCUGGGGUGAGGCGUGUUAAGGUGAGGGACAUGUCAAGUAUGAGUUCUGGGGAGGAGGGGGAGCUGGAGGCAAGGGAUGAGGAGGAUGGGGAGGAUGUCACCCCUGUCAUGUAUGGUGGGGGUGAUGUGUGUACCCCAGCACCCCUCCCCCAUGCCGCUGUGAUGACCCCCUCCACUACCCACGCCUCUACCCCCGCCACUACCAGCACAUCACACCUCCCCACACACCCCUACACACACACCACACACACACACCAGGAGGAGGAGGAGGAGGAGGAGGGCUGUGGGUCCCUGCCCCAGGUCACACCGGGAUUGCGUCCUCAGUACAAACCUCCUGCAGUUGUCCCUCAUGCCUCUGCAGGAUCCCUCUCCCUGCCCAGGACUCCUGCAGGACCCUCGGCGCAGGCCCUCACCCACGGGACGCCGCGGGGUGUGGCGGGGUGGAAUGAGUCCCCAGCAAACAUCCUCAUUGUGCCCACCACCACCACCACCACUGCCACCACCGCAGCAGCCCACGCCCUCCCCACCGCCACGCUCACACCCACACCCACGCCUUCAGAUGCCUUACCAGCACAAACCGGUGCCUUACUGUCUUCACAUGCCGCCCCGCCGCCCACUCCGCCUCCUGCAGCCCACUUCAGGCCACCAGACCCAAGCCCCGAGGCCAGCCACUCCGGGAUGGAGUCCGAGGAAGUGUCCCUGGCCGAGGACGCCCUGGUGGUGUGCCAGGGCGCACCGGAGACGCGGGCAGAGCCGGGGCGUGCGGCAGACGUGGUGGAGGGAGAGGAUGAGGGGAUGAAAGGAAGAGACCAAGGGGAGCAUCGCGCCCCUCCACACCCUCACUCUGGAGAGGGUGUGGUGCGCCCCUCCUCGGAAGCUGAGUGGUCUGCCCAGGGCGCCACUCUCGCCCCAUCACGCGAAACGUUCCGUCCACCAUACACGACCGCAGUUGCUGCCAGGAUCAGCAGGGCGCGGGCAGGCGUGCCAGUGGAGGCGCCUCACCGGGGGGAGACCCAGGGAGACAGGAAGGCUGGCCGAGGCUCGCCACACCACACUGGUCCGUCCAUUCCCGCCACGGACACCACGCCGCUGAACCGCUCCAUCCCUAGUGAUGCUCCAGACUCUCUCCAUCGAAGGACAACCCCCUCGCCCCCAGGCAUGGGUGGCGCACCCAGCCAGCAGCCCCUCGUUAGCCCUGCUAACAUGCCACCAGCUGUGCUGAGGACCCAGCCUGCCCACCAUGUAGACAGCGAAGCCCAGCGUGGAGACGCCAGACCAGCGAUGCGCACUGCCUUGGUGGACUCCCCUCCACCUCAGCACUGCCUGCUGCCGCCGCUGCGUGGUGCUGGCGACCAGGCCGUCAUACCCCGUGCUGAGCGGCAGAGGGAACAGUCACCACCAAGCGUGGCCAGCCAGCUGAGUGCUGAGCUGCAGGCUCUGGUCAACAGCUUCCGUCAGGCAGCCAGCGCCCCGCCCCAGCGCCCCACCUCCCUCGCCAUCACGUCCACUACCUCGCCCCCCACCAGAGCUCCCAUCAGGAAGCACACAUACCAUCAGGCACCCUCUGCCCCACCCCUCAACACCCGCGGGGGGUCAGCCUCGUCCUCACCCGGGGUGACAGUGAUGGUGUCUGACUGUUCCCAGGGUGAGGCUGAGGGCGGGCCAGAGCGUCGCGUGGAGGCGCUCAGCUCGCCUACGUGGCACGGCAGCUUCCUGCUGGAACGGGACCUCACCGCAACGGAGGACGACUGGGGCGCCUCAGAUGAGAGCAUCACCUUCGUGUUUAUGACUCCUGAGGAGGAGGCCGCCACGCGCCCGCCCGCCGCCCACUCCCCACCCACCACCUCAGGGGAUCACUACCGCAGCUCGCCGGACCUAUCCCAGGUGGGCCUCAGUCUUGCCUUGCCUCACGGGCCACGCCGCACUCAUCCCUACGAUCUCUACCGCUCCGCGGGCGGAAGACUGGCGCGCGCCGCGUCGCUGGACACCGUGAGCCGCGCGUUGGGCUGCAUGGGUGCCGCUAGGCUACGGGCGGGGCUGACGCGGACGUGCAGCCUGGAGGAGGAGGCGAGCCAGGAGCUGCGGGACUUCCUGGCGAGGGGACGCCGCUGCUCCUCAGAGGAAUCCUUGCAGGAGACCACGCCGCCCCCCAGCCCUGCCCGCUUAGCUUCCCCGCCCCGCCUGGCAAGCCCCACGCCAGACCCUGCCAAUCAUGCGCCUCACACCACCACCACCAUCAGGACGCCACUGCCUGCUGCUGCAUCACCCUCACCGUCUCCACCUCCAUCGCCGGGCCGCAGCUGGGGGGAGGCAUCGUGGCAGGACAUGAAGAGCCUUAUCCUGGGCCACCCUGCGCCCCCACCAACUGGGCGCCGUCUGUCCUCGGAGAGCAGCAGGUCCUCGCCCCAGCUACACCGCCGCGCCCCCACCGACGGGCUGCCCAAGAAGGCCGUGUCCUGGACUGACCUGCACGGCGGUGGCGACCUGGAGACUGAGGUGCCAGAGUGGCAGGAGGAGAGCACGCCGCCACCCCCGCCUCCUGCAGGCCCCAGCCCCAGACUGCGCUCCAUCAUGAAGAAACCUUCCCUGACACCCAUAGCCCCCACGCCCCCGCCUCCUUCACCCCCAUCGCCCCCGCCACCCAAACAUUUCUCCCCACCCCCACCACCACCCAUGUCUCCACCCAAGCCGCCGCCCACCGCGGGAACGCCCCCUGCCCCCGAGGCUUCCAGCGACGAGGAUUCCCUGCCGCUGCCCCGCUCCAACCUGCGCCACCUCUUUGCACUGCGCCUGCCACAACACAUCCGUGACCGUGUGCUGCGUGGUGCCCCGCCCAGGAUACCUCCCCACCCCCCACCUCCACCCCAACAGUGGUAUCACCACCUCUGCCAUACCGAGCGCCACGGCCCAGUCUGCCGGGAGAGGUGCGGGUACGCCCCUCUGCCUCGCUGUCCACGGAGGAGGGCGGCUCCAGCACCUCCCUGUCCUCAGCAGUGUUCCCCGCCUCACGCGCCGCCUCCUCCUCCGGUGUGUCUUGCUCUGGCUAUUCCUCCACAGGCGCCAUCUCCUCCCCUGGGGGUUUCUCCCCACUGCGGGAGGCCACCACCGCCUCACGGGUCCUGGACGCCCUCAGCCCUGGCCGACCCGCUCCCUCCCACACCCGCACCUCCUCCUCAUCCGUGCCCUCCACGCCCACCGAUGGUGUGUUCACGGCGCCCGUCUCACCCAGUACCACGCUGUCCGCACCCACCACGCCCACGCUGGAUACCCUGGCUGGCGGUGGUACUAGCGGGGAGGGUGUUGGUGGUGCGGGCAUGGGACGCUCACAGUGAAGGUGACCUGGCUGGGCGGGACGAGGCGGGGCUGGGGCAUACCUGGCAGGCGCUGUCACGCGUGGUGCAGGAGGCGGGGCAGGUGCUCAAGACUCUCUCAGAGACCUCCCUCGUGCUGCGCCAGCAAGCACUCAGCCCUGCCCGCGCCGCGCCGGCCCUGCCGCCCCUGCUGGAGGAGGGCGGCGGUCCCGGAAGGAGGGUGUGCUCUGUGGCAGUGCAGACUGACCCCCGCCACGUACGUGGCCUGUGGCGCGACGCCUGCACCAGCUGUGACUCCCUCAGCGAUGGUGAGACCUCGGAGAGCGGUGGUCACUAUCGCUCCGCUGCCGCCACCACCAUGCCCUCGCGUCGGUGGUUGGACGUGCCCCGCCAGCACUCGGCUCCUGCCCUCUCACACCCGCGCGGCCUACACGAGUGGCGGGAGCGGCGGGAGCGCCUCAACCGUCCCGGGGGCUACGGUGGACGUAGUUCCUCCUCGGAGUGGGACUCGCCGUCCCCUGGGACGGAACGGGAGCUGGGAGCACACCGCUGUCUUGCGCUGCACCAGCGGCGCGUAGAGGAGUCCUGCCACCGAUUGGAGGAGCGCCUGCGCCUCAGCGCACACAAGCGACACCUGCGGCGGCGCCUGCUGUCCGAGCACCACAACCACUACAACACCCCGGGGCGCUGCGUGCUGCACUCCUCCCUGGAUCUGUCCAAGACGCCCUUCUGUGACCAUAUGGCGCCCCCUGUCCCUUCACCAUACCUUUCAACUCCCGCCCUGCCCACCGGCAGCCCCUCCCCCCUGUGCUGUUGCGUGUCCCCCUCCCACCUGCCCAGCCACCAGUACUGCCGCGCCCUGGCCAGCCCAUGUUCCUCCCACGCCCACUGGUCCUCCUGUCACGCCUCACCUGCGCCCACACCAGCGCCGGAGCCCUGCUAUAGCCCUGGGUACCGUGAGGCGCGCCUGCAGGCGUCGCGGCAGCAGUGUCGCGACCAGCUGGCGGCGGCCCGGCGCCUAUUGGGUGGCUCCUCCUCCUCCUUAGGGGAGGGCAGCUCGCCGCCCAUGCCACGCCGCCCGCGUCUCACACCCGCGGGAGGCAGCCUGGACGCCCACCAGCGGUACCAGCGGACGGCCGCUUCCAGCCAGGACACGCCCUACCUGCGGGGCCACGCCGCCUCGCUCUCCUCGCUGCCGGGGGCGGGCGUGGGGUGGCGGCGUGGCGGCCUGAGGGGCGUGGAUUCGCUGGGCUCCGUGGCUAGCGAGGGCGAGGCAGACCCGCGGCGAGCGUCGCGCUGGCGUGGCGACUCAGACCCCUGGGGGCGCCCACCGAGGCUGCGCUGACCCUUACACUGCCCCUCCACUGCCCCUCCCCUUCCGUGUUCCAUGUACCCCCACCCCCCUCCGUCUUCCAGGGACCUCCCGCCCCCGCCAACCCCUUACAGUGUGUCUUCAAUAAAGCUUCUCCUCAACACACUCUUUCAUUCCUCCUCCUCCUCCUCCUCCUCCUCCUUCCUUCCCCUCCUCGUGUCCUCAGCGCGUCGCUCACCCGCCCGCCACCCUGUCAUCUUGCCGUCCGCCACCACGCCCACCAUCUCGUGUGUAGGUAAUGGUCACUCCCUGUGUUUACGUGGUUCAUUGCACUUGAUCAGCGUGCGCUCCUUCAUGGCUCGCCGCUCCUUUCUUAGAUCUCUUAUUUAGGGACUUUCUUUUACUCUGUUAAUCUUACGUUCCUUUUUCAGCUCCUUUAUUCGCGUCCUCGUAUCUUUAGCCGUAAAAUUUAAAGUCUUAGUUUGAGUGUGUUAUGUUCCUUAACGGCGCCAUAUGACCUUAGUUGUGGCGCCUUAUUCUAAACACUCGCUCUACUGAAUCACCUUCCUCCUCCUCCUCCUCCUCCUCCUCAGCACUGUGGUAGUGGUGGUGGUGGUGGUGCGUGGUAAGUUAGCUUCAGCAUCCUAUUAACUUGUCAUUAUAUAAACCAGUAUGUCUUGGAGGUCAUUGAGUGAGUCUCGGAGCGAAAAAUAAUCAGGAUUCCUUUUUAUUUUCAUUUCGUUUUAAUUAAUUUCUUAAUCCUGCUUCUCUUCAUAGCUUGGUAAUUUGUGAUGGUCUUAUAACACUUUUAUUCCCUCGUUUGAUGAGAUAUGGUGAACUAAUACGCGAGAAAGGCAACAGAAAACCUUGAAUUAUUCUUUAUAACAUAUUAAUUAUCUAAAUAUAACAUAAUAUAAUCCUUACUUCAUCUCGAUAUUUUGACAGCUGUUAUAUUCAUUCAUAUUUACUCUCCUGUGCCAUAAUACUAUACCAAAACUAGCUUAAAAAUGCUCUGAUAAAUUUUAAACAACAAAUUCACCACAAAAACUUACCAAAAUCAUAAUAAAUCUAAAUAAGACCAUGAUGUCGAUAUUUUGCCGUGAACCGCACACAAGAGGAGGAAGAAGAAGCGAGACUAGAGUAGAGAGAGAAACGUGCUGUCAUUUUUAUCAUUUUCUCCUAUUUCUCCUACUCCAUGUGGGCUCUACGGUUCAUGGCAGGCGUCUAUGCACCGUUGGCUUCUAAGUACCACCGGCUUCUAUGUACCAUCCCUGGCUUCUAUGUACCAUCCCUGGCUGCUAUGUACCUCAGAUAGUAUUAACACAUAGGUACUUUAUCACCACAGAGUAAUAAUUAAAACGAAAAAAUGCAAUCCUGUUAAUACCACCAUGGCACAGCGGUUUCCCUUUCCUCAGGACGAAAUAAUAUGAACAUCAGACUUUCUAAACCGCUGUGUCGAACUAAUGGAUCAUGAUGUAAGUGAAUAAGAAUGUAUUAAUAAUGUAUCAUGCUGAAUUUUAUUGCUUCACAACUUUUAAUAAAUGUAUACAAUGUU